CCGUUUGCACAAUGGUGUUGUCUCCAGCCCAAAGAUACUGCCAAGAUGCCAGAGAGCGCGUGGAAGCUGGUCUUCUACACCAUGUCCUGGUCUUACAGCACCUACCUGCUCUUCUUCACCAACUACACCUUCUUCCACGACCCGCCCUCCGUAUUCUAUGGUAAGACGUAGGACAUGAAACAAGGUAAAAUAGUCAGUAGUUGAAGAAGAAAGGGUGGUUUAAACUUAACUACAGUUAAGCAAUGAUAACAUAAGCAUUAAGGCAUCUGUAAGAAAGCAUUAAAACCUUUAAAGCCUUGAAGAGGUCUGCAUUCUUCAAAGUUACCUUUAACCUUCUCUUUUUUACUUUUACAAGUAUUUAAGAAGAGAAGGUCUGCACUCUUCGAAGUUUCCCUUUUUCUACUAAUAACUCCAGUUAACCUCUUAAGGAUCUGACCUUUUUGUCAAUUUCCGCCUAAAAUGACAUACCCAAAUCUAACUGCCUGUAGCUCAGGACCUGAAGCAAGGAUAUGCAUAUUAUUGAUACCAUUUGAAAGGAAACACUUUGAAGUUUGUGGAAAUGUGAAAUUAAUGUAGGAGAAUAUAACACAUUAGAUCUGGUAAAAGAUGAUACAAACAAAAAAACAUGUUGUUGUUUUUAGUUUUUUUCAUAAUCUUUGAAAUGCAAGAGAAAGGCCACAAUAUAAUAUUGCAGUUUAGGCGCAAUUUAGAUGUUGGCCACUACAUAGCAGCAGUGUGUGUGCAAAGUUUCAGAUUGAUCCACUGAAGCGUCGCAAUACUAGACUAUUUUGUAUCAAGUCUGCCCAAAUGUGCCGAAUUGGUCAAUUGAUACAUUUUCAAGUACAUAACUAUAGAGAACAUACAAAAGUGAUAUGGUAAUACAACAUUUAUGUUUUCACACUCCCAGGAAUGUCAUACAUGAUGGAUCAAUAGCUUAUACACUAACUUUCACACAUCUAGAUGGCCGGGCAGGGUGGGUAUGGAGCCAGAGAGGGGUUCAAACUUUAGAAUCCAGUUCCUACAUUUGAAUAUAAAAAUUGAUUUUAUCAAACAAAACUAUGCUACUUUUUAUCUCUGGGACCCUUAGGAUGACAAAUCAGAGCAAGAUGACUGAAUGUAAGUACAUGAUUUACCUUCAGAGGUGAAUGCAUCAAACCAGUUGCCGUGCUACAUUUUUUGUUGUUGUGCACUCUCCUCAAACAAUAGCAUGGUAUUUUUCACUGUAAUAGCUACUGUAAAUUGGACAGUGCAGUUAGAUCAACAAGAAUGUAAGCUUUCUGCCCAUAUAAGACAUGUCUAUGUCCUGGAAAGUUUGGUGUUACUUACAACAGUCAUGCUAAUCACAUUAGCGUACGUUAGCUCAACCGUCCCGUAUACGGGACACCGAUCCCGUAGAGGUUAAUUAACGAUAGAUAACUUAAUAACUAAAGUAACCAAAGCAUUGCAACCUUCAAAGCCUUGACCUAUUGAACCCUCCGGAUGCUUCUUUUACAAGUAUUCAAAUAGAAGCCACAUUUGUGUUUUAUAUUUGCAUUUUGUGUCUGAACUGACCACAGGGCAUCUCUACUCUGUAACCAUUGCCCUACACAACCCACUAUCAUCCUUUCAGUCCUACAAUAUCAAUUGUCAUUAUUUUAUCUUUAAUUUAUGGCAUCCCUUCCUUCCGAUUCCAUCAGACUUUCAGGUGUCAGUCGGUGCUUGGGUUCGUUUCAAUCUCCCAUUUCCUCGAUUGAGGCGAUCAGUUGUUCUUUAAAAGGCCCUGCACUUUUCUAAUAGCUGUCACUCACAUUGAUAGUAGUCAUUCAACCUGCUCAGGCAAUGUGGCUCUGCUCUUAGUUCUCCUAGAGAGAGAGAUGCUUUAGCUCUUGUAGAAAGAGAGAAGGGAAGGGAGAGAGAGAGAGGCUCCUAUUCCUGGAGCACUUUAAUAUCUCUUGCCGCCGCUUUUUCAAUGUUUAAUGAUGGAACAUCUGAUCAAUAAACAUUACGGCCUGUAACCUCAUCUCAUGGAGUCAAAAGUUGCCCCAAACGUUCCGAGACAAAGUUUCUGUUUACGAUACCCUUAAUGCCUUAAGGGAACGAUGAUGAUGACCCCUGGUCCUCACAUGCCUGGAAAACCUGAUGCCAUUGCUGCUCCCACAUCAGGUAUUCCUCUGGAAGUCACCUAGUAUAACCAAACAGAGCAGCUGCCCCCUGCAGAACCAAAAACAAACACUGUAAGCUUCUAGCCAGUUAGACUGUAUGUAGGUCAAUAAUGUUUUAUCUGGUUUGAUUACCUUACAUGGAGGAUUUGGCUCACUCUCGUAUAUUGUCGCUGUAACAAAUGGGAUGGGCUAGCUGAGGAGUGGUUUGGUGGGGGAACAGGGCCUCGUACUUAGAACAAGAAAAGAGAGUGAGCAGAGAGGGAAGCCGAAAGCGAGGAGAGCGAAGAGAGAGAGAGAGAGAGGAGAGAGAGUAGAGAGAGAGACGCAGACGAGAGAGAGAGCGAGAGAGAGACGAGAGAGAGAGGAGAGAGAGGAGAGAGAAGAGAAAGAGGCAGCAGAGACUCCCUAUCUCUCUCUUCUCUCGCUCUCUUCUCUCCUUCUACUAUCUAGUCUCUGCUCUCUCUCUCUCUCUCUCUCUCUCUCUCUCUCUCUCUCCUCUCUCUCUCUCUCUCUCUCUCCCCUCCCCCUCCCAGACUGGAAGAGUGGCAUGACGGUGCCCACGGACAUCGCCAUCGCCUACCUGAUCCAGGGCAGCUUCUACGGACACUCCAUCUACGCCACGGUCUACAUGGAUGACUGGAGGAAGGAUUCUACCGUCAUGGUGGUGCACCACCUUGUCACCCUGGCCCUCAUCACCUUCUCCUACGCUUUCAGGUAGCUAACCACUCCCUGCCUGGUGGCCCCAAGUUUGGGAAACGCUGCCCAAAUGUGAUGCAGUGUAAUCUUACUACCUUUCAAAGAAAAUUGAUGGAAUACUGGCAACAUUUCCGUGUAGUAAUAGUUGUAAAUGAUAGAUGUAGGUCAAGGUUUUAUUUUUACGCUAUGUCAAUUUGUGGAAUCAGAACGUCGAUUUGUCAUAGUGUAAAAAGGCUACAGGUUAUUUGAUGCUGGAAAAAAAUUAUCGGUGUUAUUUGAUGACUGUUAGACUAUUCCCCUACUUCAAACAGUAUUUGUUUUAAAGUCACUCCUUGUUAUUGACUAAAACUAACCCUUUGGCUGUCACAUUGUAUCAUCUAGCUAACAGCACAGCUGUGUCCUUGGCUAAUUUUGUUUGUGUACUGACGCUGUGCUCCCCACUGCUCUCUCCUUUCAGAUUCCACAACAUCGGGUUGCUGGUGCUGUUCCUCCACGACAUCAAUGACAUCCAGCUGGAGUUCACCAAGCUCAACGUCUACUUCAAGACCCGGGGAGGGGACUACUACCUCAUCCACGACAUCUUGUCCAACAUGGGCUCUGUCAGCUUCAGCAUCACCUGGUGAGGAGAGAGAAGACACACACAGACAAGCACACACACGCAUGACAAAAUACUACAGUUUACUAUAGAAUACUACAGUGCUUACUAUAGAAUUCGCUGAUCCUCAACACUGGGGCCCCACAAGGGUGUGUGCUCAGCCCCCUCCUGUACUCCCUGUUCACCCAUGACUGCGUGGCCAAGCACGCCUCCAACUCAAUCAUCAAGUUUUCCGAUGACACAACAGUAGUAGGUUUGAUUACCAACAGCGGUGAGACAGCCUACAGGGAGGAGGUGAGGGCUCUCGGAGUGUGGUGUCAGGAAAAUAACCUCUCACUCAACGUCAACAAAACAAAGGAGAUGAUCAUGGACUUCAGGGAGUACCCCCCUAUCCACAUCGACGGGACAGCAGUGGAGAAGGUGGAAAAGUUUUAAGUUCCUCUGCGUACAUAUCACUGACAAACUGAAAUGGUCCACCCACACAGACAGUGUGGUGAAGAAGACUCAACAGCGUCUCUUCAACCACAGGAUGCAGAAAAAAUGUGGCCUGUUUCUUAAAACCCUCACAAACUUUUACAGAUGCACAAUUGAGAGCAUCCUGUCAGGCUGUAUCACACAACCGCCCACAACCGCAGGGCUCUCCAGAGGGUGGUGCGGUCUGCACAACACAUUACCGGGGGCAAACUACCCGCCCUCCAGGACACCUACAGCACCCGAUCAAAAAGAUAAUCAAGAACAACAAACACCCGAGCCACUGCCUGUUCACCCCGCUAUCAUCCAGAAGGCGAGGUCAGUACAGGUGCAUCAAAACUGGGACAGAGAGACUGAAAAACUGCUUCUAUCUCAAGGCCAUCAGACUGUUAAACAGCCAUCACUAGCACAGAGAGCUGCUGCCUACAUACAGACUUCAAAAUCACUGGCCACUUUAAUAAAUGGAACACUAGUCACUUUAAUAAUGCCACUUUAAUAAUGUUUACAUAUUUUGCAUUACCCAUCUCAUAUGUAUAUACUGUAUUCUAUACUAUCUAUUGCAUCUUAGCCUAUGCCGCUCUGACAAUGACAUUGCUCAUCCAUAUAUUUAUAUAUUCUUAUUCCAUUCCUUUACUUAGAUUUGUGUGUAUUAGGUAUUUGUUGUGGAACUGUUAGAUAUUACUUGCUAGAUAUUGCUGCACUGUCAGAACUAGAAGCACAAGCAUUUCGCUACACUCGCAAUAACAUCUGCUAACCAUGUGUAUGUGACCAAUACAUUUGAUUUGAUUUGAAUUCUAUAGUAAACUGUAGAAUACUAUACUACACAUUGUAGUAGCCCUGGAUAAUGUGUAGUACCGUAUUUUCCGCACUAUAAGGCGCACCGGAUUAUAAGGCGCACCUUCAAUGAAUGGCCUAUUUUAGAACUGUUUUCAUAUAUAGGGCGCACCGGAUUAUAAGGCGCAUAGAAUAGAAGAUACUGUAGUCAAACGAAUUGACUGGGGUUGCGUUAUGCAUCCACUAGAUGGAGCUGUGCUAAAAGGAAUGUCAACAAAACAGUCAGAUAAAGUCAAACUUUAUUAAGCGUUCUGACAACUCCGUUCACUCCCAUGGUAAUGUUGUUCAAACGUUAAUGUGCAUAUUAACAAUAUCUCCCAGCCUUGCUCACUCUUCUCCCAAACGUGGAGGGGAACCUUUCCCUGAUUCAGUAAACACGUAGUAAAAGAAACAGUCUGAUAGCACUAAAUCAAACGUUAGUGCAUAACUCAACAUUGUUCAGUUACAUAUAACACGUAAAGCUCACUUUUUCAGUUCAUUCCCCAUCCACGAACCCCUCGAAUUCUUCUUCUUCAGUGUCCGAAUUGAACAGUUGGGCGACUACGGCAUCCAACCUGCCCGGCUCCCUCUCGUCAUUAUCCGAGUCAGUGUCGCUGCUGUUGCCUGGCAGUUCAGAGAUUAUUCCUGCCUUCGUGAAAGCUUUGACCACAGUUGAGACCGAUAUAUCAGCCCAGGCAUCCACGAUCCAUUGGCAGAUAGUGGCGUAAGUCGCCCGGCGCUGUCUCCCCGUCUUGGUGAACGUGUGUUCGCCUUCUGUCAUCCACUGCUCCCACGCAGCUCGCAGUCUAGCUUUGAACGCCCUGUUGACACCAAUAUCUAGCGGCUGGAGUUCUUUAGUUAAUCCACCCGGAAUGACGGCAAGCUCCGAAUUAGUUUGCUUCACUUGUUUUUUGACAGCAUCGGUGAUAUGGGCGCGCAUUGAGUCGUAGAUCAAUAGGGACGGAGCUGUGUGGAAAAAGCCACCCGGUCUCUUGACGUAAAUUUCUCUCAGCCACUCACUCAUCUUUUCCUCAUCCAUCCAUCCCUUCGGGCUAGCUUUGAUGACGACGCCGGCUGGAAAGUUCUCUUUUGGCAAGGUCUUCCUCUUGAAAAUAAUCAUGGGUGGAAGUUUCUGGCCAUUAGCCUGGCAGGCGAGAACUACAGUGAAGGAUGACUUCUCAUUCCCUGUGGUACGUACAGACACCGUACUGGUCCCCGUUUUCUCCACAGUGCGGUUCACGGGAAUAUCAAAGGUGAGUGGAACCUCGUCCAUGUUGGUGAUGUGCUCUGGCCGGAUCUUCUUUUCAGUGAUCUUCUUUUUGCAGUAUGCGCGGAAAGUGACCAGCUUUUCUUGGUAAUCUUUUGGCAGUUGCUGCGAGACGGUAGUUCGUGUGCGGAUGGAGAGAUUACGUCUUUUCAUAAAACGAAAGCACCAAGAAGGACCGCCUCGAAAUUCAUCGAUUGUCAUGUCCCGUGCUAGCGCUGUUGCCUUCAUUCGAAUAGUGACUGUAGAGACGCUUCUACUUGCUGCUCUCUGUUCAACAACCCACUGUUCGAGUUUGUCCUCUAACUGUGGCCCUCUCGCUUUGUUCCCGCGGAAACUCUGUUUAGUCUUCUUUACUUGGCGCAGGUCAUCUUCUUGCUUCCUCCACUUCCGUACCAUUGAUUCAUUAAUGUUGAAUUCUCUCGCUGCUGCUCUAUUGCCAUAUUCUACUGCAUGACCGACAGCCUUGAGCUUGAACUCUGCGUCGUAAGCGUGUCUCUUGAAAGGUGCCAUUUUGGGGUCUUUAUACACACACAAGUGGUGUGGGACUGUGAGUAAGCACAAUACCGGUGUGUACUGGCUACCGUAAUGCUGCAAGUGGUGCGGCUUUGUAGUUUACCAGUCGUACUGAAACAUUUCAUUAUUAUUAAAUUGUUUUUAUUGGUUUUUCAUACUGAAACAUUUUGACAGAGCACCUUGAGCGCCGUGUACAACCAGUAUGGAUCAACCAAUUAACCAAUUGAUCCAUAUAUAAGGCGCUCCGAAUUAUAAGGCGCACUGUCGUUUUUUGAGAAAAUUAAAGGCUUUUAAGUGCGCCUUAUAGUGCGGAAAAUACGGUACUUGUAGUAUACUGUAGUAAAUACUACAGUAUUAUCCACAAAAAAACACUGUAAUAAAUACUACAGUAAUGUCCUCCAAAACACUACAGUCCGCAAAAACACAUCCUUUUUUAACUAUAGUAAAUACUACAGUAUUUAAUUUGCAUAUAACCUGCCCAUUCCCCUCCCCCAUAUUGCAAUUUGUGCCAUCCAUUAUUGAGAAACCUACAUGCCAAGUAUAGACCAUAUUGCAUUCCCUACAGGUUAUUGAAAAGAGCAGAAGCGCUGAACUAUCUGUUCAGAACCCCCAGUCCUACAGGUUAUGGAAAAUGUGCUCUUUUAGUAUUUCUCUAGUAGGUUUCCUGAAGGAGAAAGCCUCCACUUCUAUGUCAAAGAUAAUACAACAAAAACAGAAUAGUAAAUACUACAGUAAUGUCUGCAAAGAUACUACAGUAAAUAUUACAGUAUAGUACAGUCCUCAAAAACACUACAGUAUAUACUACAGUAUAUUACAGUCUGCAAAAACACUCCAGUAAAUACUACAGUAAAUAUUGCAGUAUAGUACAGUCUGCAAAAACACUACAGUAAAUAGUACAGUAAUGUCUGCAAAAACACUACAGUAAAUACUAUAGUAUACUACAAUCUGCAAAAACACUACAUUAAUUACUAUAGUAUAUACAGUGAGGGAAAAAAGUAUUUGAUCCCCUGCUGAUUUUGUACGUUUGCCCACUGACAAAGAAAUUAUCAGUCUAUAAUUUUAAUGGUAGGUUUAUUUGAACAGUGAGAGACAGAAUAACAACAACAAAAUCCAGAAAAACGCAUGUAAAAAAUGUUAUAAAUUGAUUUGCAUUUUAAUGAGGGAAAUAAGUAUUUGACCCCCUCUCAAUCAGAAAGAUUUCUGGCUCCCAGGUGUCUUUUAUACAGGUAACGAGCUGAGAUUAGGAACACACUCUUGUUACCUGUAUAAAAGACACCUGUCCACAGAAGCAAUCAAUCAAUCAGAUUCCAAACUCUCCACCAUGGCCAAAACCAAAGAGCUCUCCAAGGAUGUCAGGGACAAGAUUGUAGACCUACACAAGGCUGGAAUGGGCUACAAGACCAUCGCCAAGCAGCUUGGUGAGAAGGUGACAACAGUUGGUGCGAUUAAGAAACACAAAAUAACUGUCAAUCUCCCUCGGCCUGGGGCUCCAUGCAAGAUCUCACCUCGUGGAGUUGCAAUAAUCAUGAGAACGGUGAGGAAUCAGCCCAGAACUACACGGGAGGAUCUUGUCAAUUAUCUCAAGGCAGCUGGGACCAUAGUCACCAAGAAAACAAUUGGUAACACACUACGCCGUGAAGGACUGAAAUCCUGCAGCGCCCGCAAGGUCCCCCUGCUCAAGAAAGCACAUAUACAGGCCCGUCUGAAGUUUGCCAAUGAACAUCUGAAUGAUUCAGAGGAGAACUGGGUGAAAGUGUUGUGGUCAGAUGAGACCAAAAUCGAGCUCUUUGGCAUCAACUCAACUCGCCAUGUUUGGAGGAGGAGGAAUGCUGCCUAUGACCCCAAGAACACCAUCCCCACCGUCAAACAUGGAGGUGGAAACAUUAUGCUUUGGGGGUGUUUUUCUGCUAAGGGGACUGGACAACUUCACCGCAUCAAAGGGACGAUGGACGGGGCCAUGUACCGUCAAAUCUUGGGUGAGAACCUCCUUCCCUCAGCCAGGGCAUUGAAAAUGGGUUGUGGAUGGGUAUUCCAGCAUGACAAUGACCCAAAACACACGGCCAAGGCAACAAAGGAGUGGCUCAAGAAGAAGCACAUUAAGGUCCUGGAGUGGCCUAGCCAGUCUCCAGACCUUAAUCCCAUUGAAAAUCUGUGGAGGGAGCUGAAGGUUCGAGUUGCCAAACGUCAGCCUCGAAACCUUAAUGACUUGGAGAAGAUCUGCAAAGAGGAGUGGGACAAAAUCCCUCCUGAGAUGUGUGCAAACCUGGUGGCCAACUACAAGAAACGUCUGACCUCUGUGAUUGCCAACAAGGGUUUUGCCACCAAGUACUAAGUCAUGUUUUGCAGAGGGGUCAAAUACUUAUUUCCCUCAUUAAAAUGCAAAUCAAUUGAUAACAUUUUUGACAUGCAUUUUUCUGGAUUUUGUUGUUGCUAUUCUGUCUCUCACUGUUCAAAUAAACCUACCAUUAAAAUUAUAGACUGAUCAUGUCUUUGUCAGUGGGCAAACGUACAAAAUCAGCAGGGGAUGAAAUACUUUUUUCCCUCACUGUACUACAGAUUUAUUUUACUACAGUAUUUUCACUAUAAAGUUAACUUUAAAUACUACAGUAUACUACAGUGGCUCCUGAGUGGCGCAGUGGUCUAAGGCACUGCAUCGCAGUACUAACUGUGACACUAGAGAUCCUGGUUCGAAUCCAGGCUCUGUCGCAGCUGGCCGCGACCGGGAGACUCAUGGGCGGCGCACAAUUGGCCCAGCGUCGUCCAGGGUAGGGGAGGGAAUGGCCGGCAGGGAUGUAGCUCAGUUGAUAGAGCAUGGCGUUUGCAACGCCAGGGUUGUGGGUUCGAUUCCCACGGGGGGCCAGUAUAAAAAAAUAUAUAUAUGUGUUCACUAACUGUAAGUCGCUCUGGAUAAGAGCGUCUGCUAAAUGACUAAAAUGUAAAAUGUAAAAUGUACAGUAAAAACAGUCCGCAAAAACACUACAGUGAAUAUUAUAUAGUAUUUUUUCAUGUGGGAAGGGCACGCACGCACUCCCAUACACACACACACACACACACACACACACACACACACACACACACACACACACACACACACACACACACACACACACACACACACACACACACACACACACACACACACACACACACACACACACACACACCACACACACACACACACACACACACACACACACACACACACACACACACACACACACACACACACACCUGUCCUGAGAGAUCACAAGGGUGUUUGAAGCCCUGGACAGUGCUAGUCUUUGUCCCUUAAAGCAUCUGAGUAAUACAGCUCCUCUGUGUCCCUCCUCUGUGCAGGUUUUGGUUCCGUCUCUACUGGUUCCCUCUGAAGGUCCUGUACGCCACCUGUGUGUCCAGCCUCCAGUCCGUCUCAAACAUACCCUUCUAUUUCUUCUUCAACUUCCUCCUCUUAACACUCCUCUGCAUGAAUAUCUACUGGUUUUUGGUGAGUAUUGGACAUCCAUCUGCAGCAGCAGGUCACAAAUCUCACAGUGGCGUGCACACAUACUGUACCGUAGCUCAUUUGUCAGAUGCUUGGUAAAACAAGACUAAUCUAAGUCAGAGAGGGUAUUCGCUCACAGAUUUAUGUUCCUAAGAAGUUAAUAACAUUGCAUGACAGUUCUAUGACCGUUGCCUGGUCUUCUUUGUUCCUAUUAGCCUCCUCUGUCAGGGGUUGAUACAAGCAUUAAAAAGAAACUGCACUGACUAUGUGACAUCAGACCUCUCUCCCCUCUUUAACCCCUGACCCCCCCCCCUCUCUGCCUACAGUUUAUAGUGGCGUUUGUAGCGAAGGUCCUGACGGGGCAGAUGAAGGGUGUGAAAGACCUGAGGGAGUACGAGGGCGAGGAGGCAGCUCAGAGGGCCGCAGCCCUGCUCAAGGCCCAGCAGCAGCCGCAGGGUGAAGAUGCAGGACAUCUCAACAACUCUGCUGAAGGGUGAGGAAACACAGUCACACACACACUACUUUACCACGUUGCAUUUAACCAGUGGAUAUGAAUCACCAAAUUAUAUGUAUUAUAGUAUACAUUACCGUGAAUGUUUUACUGUACUGAAGUAAUGUCACAACCAUACACUAUACAGAAAUCUCUGGGAGACCAUCAUUUCAAAACAUCCAGAGAGAAAGUUUUUGUCAGGCAAACCUUAAGAGAUUAUGACCCCUUGGCCUCAGAUGACUCUGUAAAUUCAAUUACUCAUGCUGGGGUAUCUCAGCUCACAAUUCAUUGAACACCAUGUGUGUCCAUAGCCGUCCCAAACCACAAUGCCUAAUCCCUACUGAUUUACCAAAGCAAACCACACCAGCAAACCACACCAAGCCAAAAAUCCUCUGCUGAGCCAGCCCUCACAUCCACUGCUUAAUCCCACUUUAUACUACAGCCCGGUCCAAAAACAACCUUGACACUCUUCCCCUCGCCCCGGCCCCUUCAUAUCUGGAUUCAGUGACAUAUAAGGGCUAGAGGCUAGGCUAGGGGAAGGAAGUAGGGGUUGUUGUUGGACUAGCUCGACCUGUACACUUAGAAAAAGUCUGUCCCCAUAGGAGAACCCGUUUUGGUUCCUGGUAGAACCCUUCUUUUUUUCUCUACUGUACAAAGGGUUCUCCUAUGGGGACAGAGUGUAGACAACCAUUCAUCACACUGUAAACCUCAUGCCUAAAACAAACCCUUUCCAAACAACCCCUACGCCCUUCAGUUCAUGCAGAUCUGAAAUAACCAGAUACAGUAGGUGUGAUGAAUAUGGCAGACUACAGUCGAAAAAAGCGUCAGCCCCAUGCAAAGAUUCAUAUUGUUGUUCUGGGACAUCCUUGGGGGUAGCUGUCCUCUUUCUUCUUCUUGGAAUUCUAUUUAGUAUUCCUUUAAGCUGAUUGGAGGCUGAGGUGGUGCCAUCAUUAUAUUGUUAUCGGGUUGUGAAGAUUGCCAUCCACCACACCCAUGUUAAAUCUUAUAUCACACCAUGCUCCAAAGAGCUCUCCCCUUGAGUAAGUGCCUCUGCUAUAGCGUGACACACCUGGAUCUGUUCCCAGUCCCCUCUUGUAACCCCAGUAACCUGUGCUCUGUCAGACCAUCCAGUAUGACCUCAGAGCUGCAGCACGUGGCCUUGUCUUGUGUAACAUACAGAUAGACAGGAUCAACGCGCUGCACUUAUUGAGGUGUGAUUAUGCAGUACGGCCUGACCCAGCCCUUAUCUGGCGCCUUUGAACACCAGUGAUAUCCUUUUGGUUUUACUGUGUGUAUGCAUAUCUGAUCACCUUUCCACUAGCUGACAAUUGGUCCAUUUUCUUCCUCCCUCCUUUCUUCUCACAGGAAGCACGUGCAGAACGGGAUCACUAAGGAGAAGCAUCUAUAAUGGCCUCUCUAGCUCCACCUUCUGGCACUUAACUCUGAAUGCAAGCAACGCGACCUAGAUUGUUUCAGAUUUAGGUCUAAGUGACUCAAGGGGUCUCGCGAAAAGGAUGAAAAAACAAUUGAUCAUUUUUAUUUCGUUUUUUAAUUUCAACGUGUUUUAUUUGUUUAAAAAAAAAAAGUAUAUCACUGCGAAUGUUAUUUCAGGUGACCUUUGUCUUAUAUUAACAUUAUGUUUGAAGAAAGAAAAGGUGUGAGUUUUGGGAAUGUCCUCUCGUGUAGCCUACCAGGGCGUUUAGAAGUCGUGUCAGCUCUGACCAACACUCGCAAGACAAGGUUGAGCUACUGAUGCUUAGGCGUCUAGUCUACACCUAUACAAACUAGAUAAUGUGCACACAUUAGAGGACUAAAGCAUUCAUACAGUAACCAUGUCAAAGGUCCUUUCUAGUAUAGAGACCUGGAUCUGUCUUUUUAAAGAGCGUUCCUCUUAAAAGCGUAGUGGCUUUUUUAGUUCCUAUCCCCUCUUACUCCAGGAGUGUAUGCUAAAAUACUAAAAGGGAAGUAUUGUAUCAUGUUACUACCGCGAGUGUGAGAGUGCAUGUUAUGAGCUGGUUUUGUUUUACCAACAUGUAUUGAUUUUCAUAUCAUUGCACAGAUAGAUAGUGAACACAGACAUUACCCCAGCCUGACCUGCAUUAUUUGAAGAGCCACGUAGGUGUAGUAUUGAUGUGUCUUGUAAAUGUGAAUGACUCGUGUUCAGAUUUUUAAGGGAAACAUAAACUCUUUCAACUUUUUUUCUUACUGUCGAUAAAUACGCAUUGGAAAUAUUGCUUGCAUUCCUGUAUUGAAAAUGUAAUGUCACAUUUUCUGUUUUUAUAGCAUCUGUUGUUGCACUGAAAUGAAGGCAUACAAGCUGAUAGCUGGUUAAUGACAGCCGAUGUAGCUGAAAUUGAUUGAUUGGGUUGAGGAUCAUCCUUAUGAUUUCGUUAAAGAAAUGAAUUUGACUAAUCUUAAUAACCAAUAUGUUGGCGGUUCACAGAAAGCAAAGGGCCCUUGUGUAAAAGAAGAUCAAAAUCAAAUAUGAAAAACAUUUAUGCACAUAUGGUAUUCAGGAAUGCAUGACAUUGGAAUGGUUUUUAGAAUAUGCUAUGAAGUCAUUUUUUAAUAACACAAAUGAAGAAAGAACUACAUAGACUUAUUCUUGAUCAAUGUGCAGAACUCAUCUUAAAAAAAAGUCAUUUGAGCAGACACCACCACACCAUCAUACAGUCCAAAUGGUUCGGUGUCCUCUUUACAUUUGAAUGUGCUCCUGGUUGUGUGUGCCUGUGUGCUACAACUGUCCAGGUUUUCUUUGCUGUGACUUAUAGGGGGUGCUGUCCUUUUCGAUCAAAUUCAAGCUCUUUCGUUAUGAUGAACAGCAUGCUUGUGCUGGAACAGGCCACAGAUGUGGGCAGGUGGAAAUGUCCAUAGUUGUGGACGUGUCUUUCAGUCCCCAGCUACCACUAGUGCCAGUGCCCGGGAUUACCUAGCUUUUGAUUUUACAUUCAAACAUUGUCAUUAUUAUUAUGAUUAUGAUAGAUUUGUUAAAUUUCUGCUGUUUCUGAGAACACUGUAAUCCAGUCGUGUCCCUUUUCGUGUGUAUGCGUCUGUUAAUAGUUUGGGACAGAUGAGGUGCCCUGAUAUCUACCAUGGUACUGUCCACAAAGGUCCGUGUGCACUUUGCCUCCACCUCGGCCCAGCUCUCUCCCGGUCUCUCCUCUCCACCAAAGACAAACACCACCAACAACCUGAUUGGCUCUGUGAGGUGAAACUACUCACAGCAAAUUCACUCUAAAACAAAAUAGGUCGUUUAAGUUUACUUUUGAGGCAGAUUUCGCUGUUCUUGUUUACCAGCAUUGAAUACAAAAGUCCAUCCGGUUCUUGAUGAAAAUGUGGAAACAUUUUGUGGAAGAAGUAUUAUGUUAUGCAUUUCCUUUGAUAGUUUAAGAAUGUGCCAAAAAUGUUGACCUUUAUCACUGAGAAGUGUUCUGAUGAGAGGCCUGGUUGGGACCUGAGUGGCUAGAGGAGGGAGAGGGAGGUUGUAGUGAAUAUGAAGGGCUUACACCCUACAGGUGUUUCUUACUAACUGCACUGUCAUUUUUAUAAUUGUUUAUUAGAAAAAAAGGGAAAUCAGGGGAGAAUUUGGUCAUUUGUAAGACUUUCUGGGCGUUAAGAAUAAAAUGAAGUAUGACGUUAAAUAGUGAAUAGGUUUUAGGUAAAUAGCAUAAUGUCUUGGACCAUUAACACACUGCAAGGUCUCUAACAUCAGCCUAAUUUUCCCCCACUCUUAAAGUUUUAAUCUGACCGCUUUGUAAAUGUGACCACUUGGAAAUGAUAGGUAUUUACUCUUUUGUAAUACUUUUUGUUUGUUUGUUUGUUAUAUUUCCAUUCAACCAGUGUUAUUGUAGCAUGUCUUCCCUUAAAAUAAAACAUGUAAAUAAAUAAAAAAGAA